UCUACACUUGGAUAUCCUUUCAAGAAUCGUACUUCAAAAGAUUGCCAGCGUUCUUCAAUCUUCAUCAAUCAUCAGAAAAGCUAUUAAACAAGUUUUAUAGACAAUAUCCCAAGCUUUUCCCGCGUAACAACAUAUAUGAAUGUGUGGAAAAGACUAACCUCGAGACUAACGAUCUUUCGAAAUGGAAUUUUAAAAGUGAAAGUGCUAGGAAACGGUAAAAAUCAUGGAAUAAAUUCAUUGUUACAUACUGAAAACGAUGUUAAAAGUAUAAAUGGAAAGAAAUUCAAGGUGUCUAUCGAAGGAAACAUAGGCAGUGGUAAGACUACUUUACUUGAGUAUUUCAAGAAAUAUUCACAUGUUGAAGUGAUACCAGAGCCUGUUGAGGAAUGGCAAAAUGUUGGUGAUGGAAACACUUUGGGUCUGUUCUACCAAGAUCCAAGCAGAUGGAGUUACCUGUUUCAAUCAUAUGUUCUACUAACAAUGCUUGAGAUUCACCAACGCAAACAGCACCAACCUGUGACCUUGAUGGAAAGAAGUGUCUACAGUGCUGGUUAUUGUUUUGUGGAAAACCUUCAUAAAAACGGUUUGAUGAGCUCUGUAGAGUACAGUGUCUAUAGAAAAUGGUUUGAGCGCAUUGUUAAAGAGGAAAAACCUUGUGUUGAUUUAAUAGUUUAUCUACGAACGUCUCCAGAGGAAUGUUAUAAAAGAAUUAAAAGGAGGAGCAGAAAGGAAGAGACGGAUAUCCCAAUGAGUCUCAUUACAUCAAUUCAUCAACAUUAUGAAGAUUGGUUAAUCAAGAAAACAAAAUUUGAGAUACCAGCACCUGUUUUGGUUCUUGAUGGAAAUAAAGAACUCAAAGACAUGUUUAAACUCUAUGAAACAAACACUACAAAUAUACUCUUAGGAAUGGGAGAUGAACCCAUUACAUGUAGAGAAUAGAUCAUACCUUUCAUACACAACUACACAAGAAUUUGUGCAAUAAUUUUUUAACUUUGUAUAUAAAGGAAUAGAAAUGUAAAUAAAAUUUUUUUCUCGCA